AUGUCCAAGGUCAGAUUCUUCCUCGAAAAGAGUAUCCCCGAACUUGAAGACCUCCAGAAGAAGGGGGUCUUCACCAAGAGUGAAAUCACCAUGCUUAUGCGUAAGCGUACCGACUUUGAACAGCGCAUCACGGGGCGUGGUGCUCGUCCUAGAGACUUCUUAAAGUACGUCGAAUGGGAGAAGAACGUUGAAAGACUUCGACUUAAACGUCUUGAACGGUUACACAUUGAACACGGGGGUCCCCUGGAGCACGCCAGCAUGCGUCGCCGUCUCUUUGUGCUUGAACGAGCGGUGAAUAAGUUUCCCGCCGAAAACGAUCUUUGGCUCACCUAUCUCGAUGUCGCUCGUGAGAAUGGUGCCAUCAAAGUCAUCUACGAAGUCUACUCUAAAUUGCUUCAACUUCAGCCGACAAAUAUCGAUGCCUGGCUUUCAGCGGCGAAGUUUGAAUUUGAAGAAAACUCCAACGCCCUGGGUGCGCGGCUGUUAUUCCAAAGAGGGCUCCGGCUCAAUAGUGAAUCGACCCGGUUGUGGUUGGCUUACUGUCAGUUUGAAUUGACCUACGUGGCUAAGCUCUUAGCCCGGCGGAAGUUGCUUGGUCUCACUAGUGAACAAGCCCAAGCUGCCGAUAUGGAACAAGAACGUAAGGAGAAGACUACCGAGGAAGAAUUACAGGCUGACGAGAUUGCUUUGCCUGACGACGACGAAAAGACGCUCACCCAAUUGCCUGAAGCUGACUUGAACAUGUUGGGUAACCCCGAUACCAACCCGGCGCUUAAGGGUGACGUCGCCCUUGCCAUCUUCGAUGCUGCCAUGACCACCCUCCCCAAACACACCAGAGAAACGCCAUUUUCCACUGCCAACAAGUUUUUGGCCAUCUUCGACAAGUUCGACCAGCGCAACUACUUAUACUCCCACGUCUUGGACGAACUCAAUCGUGAACACUCUGACGACGUACGCACGCAUUUACUCGAUAUCACUUUACCGAUUAGAACCGUGACCGUCGACAGCCCCGACUUCGCUGACCAAUUGCAAUUAUCUGUCAACAAGUUCUUAGCUUACAAAGCUCGUAAGCCCAAUCCCGAGCUCACUAAGCAGUUCUGCCAACAAUUGGAGGCUAAGUUCAUCACCGAAGAGAACACUAAGGUCAAUGAGAUUGUACGCAAGAUCAUCACUAAGGUGAAAGCAUAG